CAGAGAGAGAUGUCGCCCAACCGAAUUUACUUGCCACUUAGCCAGCUUCUCCAGCUGCCGCAGCUUCUCCUGCUGCUCGGCUGCCUGGUGGCCUCGACCCGUGGCACCUGCAACGUCUGCAACACCGUCAACAACCUGACCUGCUACUCCUCGACCCAGAUGCAGGCCUGCCAGCCCGACGUCCUGUCCACGGCCACGCCCACCGACUGCCCCAGCGGCUACGUCUGCGUCAGCGGAUCGAGCGGAGUCCUCUGCGAGCCGCAGGACUCUGCAUCCGGCAGCCAGGCGGACUGCCAGGAGUGCAACACGUGCGACUCGACGCAGACCUUCGCCUGCACCGGCACCCAGAGCUUCGCCCUCUGCCUGGGCACCCCCACUGUCCAGGACUCGGUGGGCACCUGUGCCUCCGGCUAUGUGUGCAACAUCAACGACACCCAGAUAUGCGGUCUGCCGGCGGACGGGGUAAUGGCGACCUGUUCGUAUGCGGAUGACACCACCACCUCGACGACCACCACCAGCACCACCGCAGCCACCCCCUCCACCGGUUCGGCGUCCACUUACUGCGCGGCUGUCCAGUCGCAGGGAAAAUAUGCGGUGGGCUAUAACGCGGAUACGACCUGUCGCCAGUACAUCUACUGCACGCUGGUCGGCGGCAGUUGGGUCGGGCAGACGUACACCUGCCCGGGAGCUAUGUACUUUAACAGUAGCUCCAAGAUGUGUGUGACCAGCAUGCCGUCCACUUGCUCCACCUCGGCACCCACACCUGCCACAACCACAGUGGCUCCCACGACCAGCAAUCCGGCGGCAUACUGCCAAGCGAUGCAGUCGGAGGGUUACUAUCCCGUGGGCACGGAUGCCAGCACCACGUGUCGCCAGUACAUCUACUGUUUUCUCAACGGUGGCUCCUGGAGUGGAAACAUGUACACCUGCGCCGGGAAUCUCUACUACAACAGUGCCAGCAAAAUCUGCGUUUCCUCGUUGCCUUCAACCUGCUCCACCACGGUGGCAAGUUUGACCCUAAACGGAGUGGUUCUGGAUUGA